AUGGCUCAUAGUAGACUAAGUGAUCCAGAACAUAGAAACUGGAUUACUGUUGGUCGAGCAGUUCAGGUUACCCGGAACGACUUAGAAACCAUAAUUCGAAAUGCUGCUGACAAGUACCACACAUCACUGCUUGCAACAUUGUCAAAUAAUGUACAUGCGUGGAAAUCUCAUUUCUCGAAACCCCAUCGGUCAACUGAUAAAAGAAAAAUAUUCUGGAGUUACAGUGACAACACUCAGUGGUUGACCGUUGGUGCCUCAUGGGAGAUUGCUAAGAUUUUCAUGGCUCCCUUGGGACCGAGAAAGCUUGAUGUAGUCAACGCCAAAACUACUGAUAUAUCGGGACUGUUGAACGUAUUAGAAUGGUCUCCGAGAGGGACAAAUGGUAUGCUCAACUCAGGUGUCGAUCUCUUGAAAAGAGCAGAUGCAAGAAGUGCUAGGGAUAUUUGGCACAGUUGCUGCAUGUAUGUGAUGCUGAUAAAGUCAAAGCGUUUGGAUCUUUAACCUCGCUUCAUCAAGACCCAGAACUGUACCAUGACAAAGAUGUCCAAGACGCCAUAAACAAGCUUAGUAGUUUACUCAAUAAUGGUUUCGCGGUUAUUGAAGAAAAAGGAUUGGAAGUACUCGCUCAGUUACAACAUGAACUUGGUCAGGAUAUCAACAUUUUGAAAAGUGAUAUGACUUUUUGGAAGGAUUAA